UGGAACAAAGAACAGCAUUGUGUCGGGGCAAGUGGCGUGAAGCCCCGCCCAGAAAGCAAGUAAGACCUGUCUUCUCUCAGGUCCGCAGUCAUGCAAUAGAAUUCUACACACCAACCUGUCUUCUCUCAGGUCCGCAGUCAUGCAUUAGAACUCUACACACCAACAUGUCUUCUCUCAGGUCCGCAGUCAUGCAUUAGAACUCUACACACCAACCUGUCUUCUCUCAGGUCCGCAGUCAUGUAAUAAACGGCUCUACACAAGAAUUGAUACACAUCAGAACGUUAUUGUUAUUCCAAGCAAACAUGUCUGGCCGAGGCAAGGGAGGCAAAGGUCUGGGGAAGGGGGGCGCCAAGCGUCACCGCAAGGUCCUGCGUGACAACAUCCAAGGAAUCACCAAGCCUGCCAUCCGCCGCUUGGCCCGCCGUGGCGGCGUCAAGCGUAUCUCGGGGUUGAUCUACGAGGAGACCCGCGGCGUACUGAAAGUGUUCCUGGAGAACGUCAUCCGUGACGCCGUCACCUACACCGAACACGCCAAGAGGAAGACUGUCACCGCCAUGGAUGUUGUGUACGCGCUCAAGAGGCAGGGUCGCACUCUGUACGGCUUUGGAGGAUAAAGCGUCCAUCACUUCCGGCUCCAUUAAAGGUCCUUUUAAGGACCACCCACCAUUUCACCUAAGAGUCACUUCUCUUUCACUAAAACUUUACGCAGCGAAGAAUAGAUUUUGUCAUAUUUACAUAUAGCUGGACUAAAGAAUCCAAUUUAAAUUGCGGUUGUGAGAACAAAUAUAGGGUAAAAAUAAAUGAGGUAAUAAUAGGAAAAAACUAACAGUGGGAUAAGUAGACUACUCUCCAUUAAAAAAAGAGCAAUCCUGUACAAUAUACAACACUACAGAAAUACAAAAUACUGUACAAUAUACAGACCAAGACAAGAUAUUUCACAAAGACAUGAUAUCAAUCGAUAAUCCAAGACUGGGUAUCGUCAUAACGAAUGCAUUUAAUGUCUGCUUGUUCUGCACUCAAUUACACAACUUUACCUUAAUGGUCCAAAAAAAUUGUUUUAAUUAUAAUAAUUAUAGUCUGUAAAUGUGUGUAAAACUCGACAGGGUAACCAUUAGUGGUUGUACUUGUAUAGCACUUUUCUACCCCUUUUUAAGGAGCCCAAAGCGCUUUGACACCAUUUCCACAUUCACACACACAUUCGCACACUGAUGGAGGGAGCUGUCAUGCAAGGCGCUCACCAGGUCCCAUCAGGAGCAAGGGUGAAGUGCCUUGCCCAAGGACACAACGAGCGUGACUAGGAUGGUUGAGUACUCAUGAAGCGUUUCGACACAUUGUAAAACUAUUGAUACUGUGUCGAUACUGUCACUGAAUACUGACAUCUGCUGGACAUUAAAAAUCCCUACAAGGCAACCUAUGGACCGACUCAACUGACACUGAUUUUGUGACCUAGUAUAUACAAUAAUAUAAACCAGUGGUCUCCAACCUUUUUGUAUCCACUUAAUAAUUUGUCCUUAUUUUUAUUAUUAUUUUUUUCUUUCUUUGUCAUGAAAAAGGGACGUUU